AUGCAACAACGCGAGGUCACAAACUGCACUAUCUAUCAAGUUUCAUCCAUCAGUGGCCCUUUCAUAUCCUCUGGACUACCGGAAACCCUGGAUGUGAAGGUAAACACCAUCGAUUCCAUAAGGGAGGGGCCCUUUCCUGACACUGGAUUCAAUACGACCGGCAAAUUUUCCCAGUCAAACAUUGCCAUAAUUGGCUAUUCAGGCAGAUAUCCCGACUCAGCUUCCAACGAGGAAUUCUGGGAUUUGAUACUCGCUGGCCGUGACGUGCAUCGUACAAUCCCGGAAGACAGAUUCGACUGGGAAGCCCAUUACGAUCCUACCGGCAAGCGUAAAAACACCAGCCGUGUGAAGUAUGGUUGCUUCAUCAAGGAGCCAGGUGUCUUCGACGCACCAUUUUUCAACAUGUCUCCACGGGAGUCUGAGAAUGCGGAUCCUGCGCAGCGAUUGACUAUUACUUCUGCCUACGAAGCCAUUGAGAUGGCUGGUCUCGUUCCCAAUACGACUCCAUCCACCCAGCAAGACCGCAUUGGGGUUUUCUAUGGAAUGACCAGUGAUGACUGGCGUGAAGUCCACAGUGGGCAGGAUGUUGAUACGUACUAUGUCCCAGGAGGAAACCGCGCUUUCUUACCGGGUCGCAUCAGUUAUUUCUUUCGAUUCUGCGGACCCAGCUUGUGUAUCGACACGGCUUGCUCGUCCAGUCUUGCAGCCAUUGAAACUGCUUGCACAUACUUGUGGCGAGGUAAAGUCGAUACGGCCUUGGCCGGCGGUGUUAACAUUUUGACCAGUCCGGACAGUUUCUCUGGGCUGGACCGAGGCCACUUUCUGACUACCAAAGGGAACUGUAAUGCUUUCGACGACGAGGCCGAUGGAUACUGUCGCUCUGAUGGCGUCGGAACCGUCAUUUUGAAGCGAUUCGAGGAUGCUAUCGCAGACAACGACAUCAUCCAUGGUGUGAUUCGUGGAGCACUCACGAACCACUGUGGCCGCACGGACUCUAUCACUCGCCCCUUUGACGGUGACCAGGCGAGCCUGUUCAACAACGUCAUGCGAAGCGCUGGAGUCGAUCCUCUUGAUGUGACCUACGUCGAGAUGCACGGCACGGGCACUCAAGCAGGUGAUGCUGCGGAGAUGAAGUCGGUGCUAUCUGUUUUCGGGCCCAAUCAACAAAAGAGAAGAAAGAAUCCUCUCCACCUCGGCACUGUCAAGGCAAAUAUCGGACACGCCGAGUCAGCUUCCGGAGUCUCGUCGCUGGUCAAAGUAUUGAUGAUGAUGAAGCAUAACACUAUUCCACCGCACUGCGGCAUCAAGACUAGGAUCAAUCACACAUACCCGACAAACUUGGCUGAAAUGAACGUGCACAUUCCCUUCAAGCCUGUGCCGUGGAGCAGAGAGGAAAUCCCUCGAGAAAAACGCAUUGCGUUCCUGAACAAUUUCAGUGCGGCUGGGGGUAACACAGCCCUGCUUCUCGAAGACGCUCCUCCAUUUCGUGGGCCACAACCAACAAAACGAGACCAGCGUGCGGGUUUACCAGUAGCUGUGACGGCGAAGAAUAACAAGUCGCUCAAGAUGAACAUCGAGGGACUCGUUGCUUACCUCAAGGAGAACCCGGAGGCCUCACUUUCUUCACUGUCAUAUACCACCACUGCGCGAAGAAUACACCACGGAUACCGGGUUAUCGUGACUGGAUCGGACGUGGAAUCCAUUCGAAAUGACCUGCAAAGCACUCUUCCUGGUAUCGAUAACCACAAGCCAAUUCCGACAGCGGCCAAAAUACCCAAGAUCACGAUGGUAUUCACCGGACAAGGUAUCGCUUACCAGGGGAUUGGCAAGCAACUGUUCGACUGCGUCCCUUCGUUCAAGGUGGACGUCUUACGCUUCAACAACAUCGUCGAGCGACAAGGAUUCCCAAGCUUUCUCGCCCUUGUAACCGGUGUCGCUGACAGCGCCGAAGAUACACCACCGAUAGUCACGCAACUUGGUCUUGUUUGCAUCCAGAUGGCACUGUACGGUCUUUGGAAGCGUCUUGGAGUUUCUCCAGUGGCCACCGUUGGCCACAGUCUUGGGGAGUACCCGGCAUUGUAUGCUGCAGGUGUCCUGACAGCCGCAGAAGUGAUCUACCUAGUUGGUACACGGGCUCGUUUGCUAUCCGAAAGGGCCGUCCUAGGAGCAUAUGGUAUGCUUGCCGUUAAGCAAUCCACCGAUCUUAUCCUCCCCGAGCUCACUGACACCGCCUGUACUGUGGCCUGUCUCAACCAGCCCUCGAGCAAUGUUAUCAGCGGUCCAACAGAGCAAUUGAUGCAGUUGAAGUCUCGGUUAGCAGACAAGGGUGUUGACAGUAUCCCUCUGGAGAUCCCCUAUGCCUUCCAUUCGACUCAAGUUGAUCCAAUCCUGGAGGAUUUCAGGAAGGUUGCAGAUGGGGUUCGGUUUAACGCUCCUUCGGUUCCUUACUUUUCACCGCUUUUGGGAAAGGUUAUCCCGGCAGGUGACACUGAGUCUCUCGACGCCUCGUAUUUCGUCAGCGCAUGCCGCCAACCAGUGGACUUCCAGGCUGCAAUUGCAGCAGCUUCAUCUGGAGGCUUAGUCCAAGCAAAUACACUAUGGCUGGAGAUUGGAUCCCACCCAGCUUGCUCGGGCAUGAUCAAGGGAGUCCUUGGUCGCGAAAGUCUCACGCUUGCUUCGCUUCGGAAGAACACAGAUGCCUGGUUGGCGCUCACGACCGGUUUAGAGACACUGUACUCGCACGGAAUUGAUAUUGAUUGGUACGAAUACCACAAGGGCCCGUCAGAUGUGCCACAGCCGGAAAUGUUAUUGCUGCCGCGGUAUGCUUGGAACCUGAAGAAUUACUGGAUUCCUUACCGGAACAAUUUCUGCCUGAGUAAAGGCGACCUAGUUCAGGAUGUCAAAGCCGAUGUGCCGCGAUAUCUCUCUCCUUCCGUCCAGAAGGUGGUUGAAGAAGAUCACAAUUCUGAAAUAUCGACCAUCCUGGCUGAAUCGGAUAUCCACGAUGAGCGAUUGGCUUCUAUCUUCGAAGGACAUGUUGUUAACAAUGCGCUGAUUUGUCCAUCCUCUCUGUACGCAGAAGUUGCACUCACGAUAACUAAGUACAUGAUGCGGAAAGUCGCCAAAGAUACCGAAGCCAUCGGGUUAGAUGUAUCCGACAUGACGGCACCAAACCCGUUGGUCUCUCGACUAGACACAGAACCCCAGCUAUACCGUGUAUCAGCAUCUGCAGACUGGCAUAACGAUCUUAUCUCGUUCCAGAUCUUCAGUGUCAACGACCAAGGCAAGAAGACUCUGGUACAUGCCAACUUUGUGGUCCGUCUCACACCAAAGCAAGCCUGGCUAGACGAAUUCAAACGCAAUGGCUACCUCAUCCAAAGCCGGAUUGCUUCCCUUCAUGCUAGCGCUGAUGGCGGUACUGGUGGCGCGAACAAGCUUAAACGACGCAUCGUCUACCAACUCUUCUCAGCUAUUGUCAAUUACGGUGACAGCUUCCAGGGUAUGCAAGAGGUCACUCUGGAUAGUGAGAACCAUGAGGCUACGGCGCGGAUAUCUUUCCAAGUUGACGAAAACGGAUUCACGUUCAACCCGUGCUGGAUCGACAGCCUUGGACAUAUCGCCGGGUUUAUCAUGAAUAGCAGCGAUGCUAGCCCGUUCAAGACGGGGGUGUUCAUCAACGCUGGUUGGGAGCACAUGCGGUGUGCUGUUGAUUUUGUCAAGGGAAAGGAAUAUGAGGUUCACAGCCGCAUGCAGCUUCGGACUGGGAAUACAUAUAUCGGCGAUACGUAUAUCCUGGAGGACCAGAAGGUUGUGGCAGUAUAUGAGGGCGUUAGGUUCCAAGGCGUUCCUCGACAUGUCCUCGACCGGCUGCCGCAUCAAAGGACCAGUCCUCAAAUUCCACAGCAAGUCCCUGUUCAAAAGAAACAAACGUCCCGCCCAGUUCUCAAACAGGUACCGAAGAAUACAACAGCAAGACCAUACAUUGGUACCCGGGUGAUGGCGAUUAUCGCAAGGGAGGCUGGCGUCGACUUGACAGAAAUGGGUCCUCAUGACGAUUUUGUCAACCACGGUAUCGACUCGCUUUUGUCUUUGACAAUAUGCGGCAAAGUCCAGGAUGAGCUGGGCGUCGAUGUACCAUCCACUCUCUUCCUUGACUAUCCCACUCCAAAGGAGCUCAUUGCCUUCUUUGGCCCAGCGGAUGAAGAGGGGCUAUCAACUCUGGACACGCCCACGGAGAGUCGGAGUAGCAAUGACGACUCCGGAUACAAGACUGAUUCAACCGACACCGAAACAGACGAUUCAGUCAUCGAUGUUAUUCGCACGACAAUUGCCAGUGAAACCGGUGUUCUUGUUAGUGACUUGACGCCCACUACUCCGUUUAAUGAGUUGGGAAUCGAUUCGCUAUUGUCUCUGACAAUCUCCGGUAAACUGGCCGAAAGUCUCAAAAUUGGUCUCUCGACGGGCAUUUUCAUGGAGAAUGAUAAUCUCGAGGCUCUCAGCAAGUCUCUCGGUCUGUCCCAGACCCCAAAUCCAAAACCGAAGCCAAAGAAGCAGCAAGCUCAAGCCGUUGUUCCCGUCCAGUCUCAAGAACCUAGCCAGAAACCGGGGUCUGGACCACACGCCACCUCCAACCUACUCUGGGGCAAUCCCCAGAUGGCAGAGAAAAUUAUAUUCUUCUUCCCAGCCGGCUCAGGCUCUUCGUCCUCUUACGCCUCUCUACCAAAGCUUGAGUCUGGUACCGCCGCAUACGGUCUUAAUUGCCCUUGGAUGAAGACACCCUGGGACAUGCCGAGCACACUGGCUCAAAUGGUCGGCAAGUAUGUGGAAGAAAUCCGUCGCCUUCAGCCCGUCGGACCAUACUAUCUCGGCGGUUGGUCCGCAGGAGGUAUAUGUGCAUACGAGGCAGCACAACAACUAGCUCGAGCUGGCCAGACAACGGAACGACUGAUCCUCAUCGACUCGCCCAACCCCGUCGGGCUGACGAAUCCGCCCAGGCGUCUCGCUGAUUUCUUUCAGAGUCUCGGGCUCUACGGGAGCAAGAAUAAGAGGGCUCCGCCGAUAUGGGUGCGUCCGCACUUUGACGCUUUUAUUCGAAUGUUGGAUGACUAUCAAGUUCAGGCCUGGGAUGAGGAGUGGACGGUGCCAGCACCACAGACUCAUCUUGUGUAUGCACGCGAUGGUGUUUGCAAUAAGCCGGAUAUGCCAUGGCCUGAGAUGGGGCCUGAUGCUCCCCGCGAGAUGGUUUGGCUGGUCAAUAACCGGACGGAUUUCAGCGGUGAGGGGUGGGCGUCUUUGGUUGGUCAGGAGAUGCGCAUUACAGUGCUGAGUGAUGUGAAUCAUUUCUCGAUUAUUGCUCCUGGUCCGCAUAUGGUUGAUGUUGCUAGGUUCAUUCAACGGGCUGUGUUGUAA